AUGGUUCGCGUGCUAAAUUUCAAGGUGCCGCUUACCUCUCAGAAAACCCCAAUAGCUGCUGUUCGGUCAGAUCGAUCAGCUACGUGGGAGUUAAUGAAACAACUUGGACCUUGUGACAGCAAUAGACCAAGUCCGCCAACACCUCAAGAGGAAUUGGUACUUGCGGCAUUUAAUAAGCCGCCCGAUUCGCUUCUAGAACUCCCGGAAGCCUCUGCUCUCCCACUGCCUUUCACCUAUCAUAGUACAGUCAAUGGAGACGUGACAUAUUUGAGUCAGCCGCGGCUCUCGGUUUCUAAAUUAUUGACAAACACGUAUUGUGAGCUUCGAAAGUACUACGAGAUUUACGCUGGCCUGCCUUCGAUUGACUCGGGACGGUUGAGAGAAGGCAGAAAUUACCAUCAGCACUUGGAAGACCAGACGCAUGCGCAGGUAAACGAGGAAACACUCAUCUCUAUAAUUGAUGAGGAGUUAGAGCACUUUCUGGAAGAAGAACAAGCUCUUCUUACGAAGAAUUCAUGGGGAAGAUACUUAGGGGAACAAUGGAUAGAGCAUGGCUUGGUCAGACUUCUAUUCGUUGCCGAAAAGCACUUUGCAAGAGAAAUUAACGUACAUGGAUUCAUCAACUUUUACAAUGGAAAGUUGGCAACCACUGCCGAAGAGCUACUGCUGGCCGUGCUCGUAAAUGGAAUUGCUGACAUUGUCAAAAUUGAUCAGUCCAAUGCUAACAAACCUUAUCGAAGCACCAUUGCACGCGAUGAAGGGCUGAGCAAAUUCAUUGAGGAUCUUCGACUGCAGCUCGAAAUUUUGCGUUUGAAUAAGCUGCGAUUGGUAGACUUAUCAGAAGAGAUUCCCAAGGCUAAAGAGGUAGUCACAAAACUAUCCAAUGAAGGCAAGUAUUUUCUACAUGUUAGAGACGUGAAAACUCGUGCGGAUGACCUGUUCCCUCCAUACCAACUGGUCAUGACUGCUGCUCGUGAUCAGUGCUUAUAUUAUGCUCGAUUUUUCGAUAACCUCUCUCAGAGUACCGAGUUUGCCUAUGCUAGCCAUCUUGAGAACGCAAGACGACGUGGAGUGGAGAUCGACGAGCCUUUGGGUGUAGCAUGGGCUUUACGCAUCAUAAUUGCCCAAUUCCCGGUACUAGCGCAAGAUAUGAAGAAAUUGGCUCGUGGAGAACCGAUAGGGUGCGAUGAGUUUGAUGAAUACCAAAAAUCAGGAGGAUCAACAACUAAAGUAGAAGGAGAAGCGCAAUUUUCACUUAGCAACUUUGUUACAGAGGCACGGUUCCGAGAAAUGUUAGCACUAUUCUACGGCGAUUCCAAAGAGAUUAUGGAAAUGGACAUCCUGGACUUGUUUCAGCCCUGGCGGUAUCCCGUAACAAUUCGGUAUUUUGCAGCUAGAGCUGCCCAAGCAUACAAUAUUUUUGAAAGCUUCGAGCCAGCAUCUGUUUGCAUUGAAUACCACAACGCGAGAUCUCUCAGUAUUUUUGGCUUCAAGCACUAUCCUUUCGAUUUGAAGUUGAUUGAACAACAUAUGGAUAAAGCAAGCAAGUUCUGGAGCGGACAGCGCCCACCGAAGGAGACAAAUGACCUCACCAUGUGCCGCAGAUGUGAUUUUCGGACUAGGUGUCCAGCUAUCAACAAACCAGUUGACACCUUAGCAGGAGAUGCUAUCUACAAGUUACUUGAAAUGUGA